AUGCUGAUUCGAAGCCAAGCUUUACGGUGGGCAGUUUUCUUGACACUUUGUCUUCUGUUGGUGAAGGGGUUCCCUGCAAAAAGACAAAGAGCAAAUCACAUCAAGAGCAAGAGUGAAACAUCUCUAGAGGUCAGAGGUCACGGUGACUCCAAAGAUGUCAGACAGGCACUGCGGGACAUUCAGCGGCAGAACCAAUUGAGGAGCGAGCCACCUUUGCCUCGCCGUCAUAAGAGGAGAUGGUCGCAGAUUCGCUCGGAGGGAGACCUUCCCAAACCUGCUCCACAGGAAGAAGAAGAACCCUUCAUUUUAGACCUGAAGAACUUCCCUGACCUUGCCAACGCAGACCUGGGCUCCCAGAACCCAAACAUUCAAGUUACCAUUGAGGUUGUGGACAACCCACAGAUGGAGAUUGAGAUGGACCUCGCCAAGGAGAGCAGGAAUGACUGGCUGGAGGAGAAUGGGGAGGACCUCAGUUAUGAGGGAGAAGAUUCCCUAUUGAGUGGUGUGGGUGCAGACUGGAACAGACGAUGGAAGAGCUGGGACUCCAUGGACAAUUACGAAUAUGAGGAGGAAGAAUGGAGCGACUGGUCACCGUGCAGUGUCACCUGUGGACACGGGAAUCAAAAGAGGAUUCGUUCAUGUGGCUAUGCCUGCACUGCCACAGAAUCACGGACAUGUGAUUUAGAGCGUUGUCCCGAUGACAUAAUUCCUGUGACAGAACCUACUCCUCAUGAAGUGGCAAACAGCACAGAACUUUUUGGCACAGAUGUUGACAGCUGUGAGAAGUGGCUGAAUUGCAAGAACGACUUCCUCGAGAAAUACCUACACCAGGUCCUGACCGAAUUACCCAACUGCCCUUGCAUCUACCCAUCCGAGGUGGUCUACAGUGCUGUCAACAUUUUUGAUAGGAAGUUACAAAAGACCUAUCGUUGGCGAGACGCCAGCGGCCCAAAGGAGAGGCUGGACAUUUACAAGCCCUCUGCAAAGUUCUGCGUUCGCUCGAUGCUCUCCUUUGACAGCACCACAUUGGCUGCACAGCACUGCUGCUACGAUGAUCACAUGAAGCUCAUCACUCGAGGCAAAGGGGCUGGAGCCCCCAACCUCAUCAGUACGGAGUUCUCGCCGGAACUUCAUUACAAAGUGGACGUUCUUCCAUGGAUCCUGUGUAAAGGAGACUGGAGCCGCUUUCAUUCGGUUCGGCCUCCCAAUAAUGGUCUACUGUGUGUUGAGAACCCGCAGGAAGACGUCUACAUGAAUGAACUAGAGGAGGCCAGGGAGUACUGAUCCAGAUCAUGGAUUUCACAUCAAAUCAA